UCAUCUUGUCUUGUUAGGAAGAGCCGCACGCGCAUCGUUAAGGGAAGUCUGGUGCCACCAGGGAAGGUUUGGGGACUGCCUUUCCUGAACGCACCAGUACCGCCAGCUCACGCUGCCUGUGCGGUGCAGCCUUUGACGGGAGAGUGACAGGGAACAAAAGCACCUUGCCCCACCUGCCCGCAGUGGGACUACAUAAGUUUUAAUUAGACAGAUCUGCGCCAGGACCAUGGGCGCCGCGCUAGUCACUGGCCCGCGGCUGACCUCCCUGCCACGCAUGGCCUUCGGCACCCUCCGGCGCCAGGCACCCUCCGCGCCCGCCCAGGGCUGCCACUCCAAGUCCGGCCCACCUCGCCCCGUGCCCCUGAAGAAGCGCGGAUACGAUGUCACCAGGAACCCUCAUCUCAACAAGGGCAUGGCCUUUACCCUUGAAGAAAGACUGCAGCUUGGCAUCCAUGGACUCAUCCCGCCCUGCUUCCUCAGCCAGGAUGUCCAGCUCCUCCGCAUCAUGAGAUACUAUGAGAAGCAGCCGAGCGACUUGGACAAGUACAUCAUUCUCAUGACUCUCCAAGACCGCAAUGAGAAGCUCUUCUACCGAGUGCUGACCUCAGACGUGGAGAAAUUCAUGCCCAUUGUGUACACACCCACGGUGGGGCUGGCCUGUCAGCAAUAUGGUCUGACCUUCCGCCGUCCUCGUGGGCUGUUCAUCACCAUUCAUGACAAGGGCCACCUGGCAACCAUGCUGAACUCCUGGCCAGAGGACAAUAUUAAGGCUGUGGUGGUGACGGAUGGAGAGCGCAUACUGGGCUUGGGAGACCUGGGCUGCUACGGCAUGGGCAUCCCUGUGGGCAAGCUGGCCCUGUACACCGCAUGCGGAGGAGUCGAUCCACAGCAGUGCCUCCCCGUCCUGCUCGAUGUGGGCACCAACAAUGAGGAGCUUCUCAGAGACCCUCUGUACAUCGGCCUGAAACACCGGCGUGUUGGUGGGAAGGCGUACGAUGACCUACUGGAUGAGUUCAUGCAGGCCGUGACGGAUAAGUUCGGAAUCAAUUGCCUCAUCCAGUUUGAAGACUUUGCCAACGCCAAUGCCUUCCGUCUGCUCAACAAAUACCGCAACAAGUACUGCAUGUUCAACGAUGACAUCCAAGGCACAGCCUCUGUAGCCGUGGCGGGGAUCCUGGCUGCUCUGAGAAUCACCAAGAACAGGCUUUCCAACCACGUGUUUGUUUUCCAGGGUGCAGGGGAGGCAGCCAUGGGCAUCGCCCACCUCCUGGUUAUGGCCCUGGAAAAGGAAGGCGUGCCCAAGGCAGAAGCCAUAAGGAAGAUCUGGAUGGUGGACUCCAGGGGUCUGAUUGUCAAGGGUAGGAGCCACCUGAACCAUGAGAAGGAGAUGUUUGCCCAAGACCAUCCUGAAGUCAACUCCCUGGAGGAGGUAGUGAGGCUGGUGAAGCCCACAGCAAUUAUAGGUGUUGCUGCUGUCGCAGGAGCCUUCACGGAGCAGAUUCUGAGGGACAUGGCCUCCUUCCAUGAGCGCCCUAUCAUCUUUGCCCUGAGCAACCCCACCAGCAAGGCUGAGUGCACAGCUGAGAAGUGCUACCGGGUCACUGAGGGCCGAGGGAUCUUUGCCAGUGGAAGUCCCUUUAAGAAUGUGACUCUGGAAGAUGGCAGGACCUUCAUUCCCGGUCAGGGAAACAAUGCCUAUGUGUUUCCUGGGGUCGCCCUGGGCGUCAUUGCCGGUGGGAUCCGACACAUCCCAGAUGAAAUCUUCCUCCUGACGGCAGAGCAUAUUGCCCAAGAAGUCUCUGAGCAGCACCUGUCCCAGGGAAGACUGUACCCACCACUCAGCACCAUCCGAGAUGUGUCUCUGAGAAUUGCAGUCAAAGUCCUCGACUAUGCGUAUAAACACAACCUGGCCUCCUGCUAUCCAGAGCCCAAGGACAAGGAGGCUUUUGUAAGAUCUCUGAUCUACACUCCAGACUAUGACUCCUUCACACUAGACACCUACACUUGGCCUAAGGAAGCUAUGAAUGUCCAGAAGGUGUGAUGCACUCUCUGGGACUUAUUUGGGCUGGACGAAGAAAUACAAUAUAAACGUUCCAAAAUGGCCAGCCUUGUCACCAUGGUUAUUUUUUGUUUGUCAUUUGUUUUACUUUGUGUGUUCUGCGGAGGUGCUGAGGCAUGCAGCGGAUGUCAGCUUUGCUCCUGAAGGCCCUGGGAGCUCUCUUUCCUAUAAAACUUCUCUGAAUCCUC